CGCUGUGUUUAAUCCUGCUGGGAGAAAUGAGAGAAAGUUCACGCGCUUUAAGGGAAUAUUACUGAAGUCAGACAAACAGCAGGAGAAUAAAGAGAGGAAUAAAGAGGAGAGAACAAUCUGUUGUUAUUCUUCUGCGUUUGGGCUCGAUGGCUUGCUAGAUGACCCAAAGACGAUGAUGACUAUGCAGAACCCGUUUCUCUAGCUGUGUAGUGAUUACUAAAACUGGUCAGGGAUGGGAAACUCAGACAGCCAGUACAGCCUGCAAGGCUCUCGAAGCAGUAGCUUCACAAUCCCUAACAGACAGAAGCCCUCUGCCAUGAAGCUUCGCUCUUCCAAAGAGGCCAUUGUGUCACCCCAUGGCUGGUGGAAGACAGGAGCGUGUGUUUCUGGCUUCAAAUCCAAAGCAGCAUCGCGUGGCUGUUUGUCACAGCACAAGUCCAAUCAGUCGUCCAUGUUGAGACGUUAUGACUACCUCGCCAAAGGAAGGGAAGCAAAAAAAAGAAUUAGCGCCCAGUGGAACGUCUCACCGCAGGCAGGUGUAGCGUCUGAGAACGGCCACCUCGAGGAAAACGGACGGGGUUGUAACGGUCACACCGUAAACGGGUACAAGACGCCUGAGAGGAAGACUAAACUGGAGGAACUAAAAGAUCACAGCAGCCCAAGAGUUGUGAUCAAGAGUGACGGUAGCGUUCGGGUCGAGUUUAGCCAGCUCUCUAAAAACUCAACGCUUCCGGAUGAGAAUGGUGGUCCUGUCCAGCUGCUGAAGUUUUCCCCCACAUCACACUGCAUGUCCACCUCGGAUCGUGAUUCUGCUCCAGCAGCGAACAGCCCCAAGACCAGAACCAGCAAGCGAAGCUCACUGAGCUCAGAAGGCAGCUGGUACGACUCGCCCUGGGGGCCGGGGGCCGAGGUGAAUGACGAUGUCGCCGCCUCACCCGUUAGGAUUUCAGAAACUCUUCCCUCCGUUCGCAUAGAGUACUUUGAUGAGCAGCUGCCUCCUCAUCAUCUUUAUCACGACCCUGGCGUUGGCGCCAAAGAUCUGACGCUUGCAAAUGAGACGUCAUUCAAACACAGGGCAUCGUUUGUCUGCAUGAUGGAAGAACCAGUUCUAGACGAGUCCUCGGGGGCAAGGCAGUACUCUUCCUUCACCUUACCGUGCCCCAAACCCAAACCCAUCAUGGAGAACACUGGAAAGAAGGAAAUUCUCAGGAACAGAAUGAGAAGGCUGAGUGAUUGGACCGGGAGCUUGACCAGAAGGAAAAAGAAGUCGAAGGAGCCGAGAUAUAAAGAGCCUCUCGAUUGUUUCGACAGCGGUAUAGACGGUCUGACGGCUGACACAAGCUCCCCCUCUCAAGUGUCCAGUCUUCUGGGGUACCCCAGGGUUCAGUCCAGGGGCCGCUCCCAAUCCCAGGUGCUGCCCUCCUGUGAGGGGUCUGUCGGCGCCCUCAACCCGGGCACGGACGCUCUGCGGCAAAACAUUUACGACAACUUCAUGAGAGAGCUGGAGACAAGCCAGACCGCGGCAGGAAGCGGCGAGGAAAGAGGCGAGAACUCUGGCGAGGACACGGAGAGCAGCAGUCAAGGAACGGUGGGCUCGUUGGAGCAGCUGGAUCUGCUGUGUGAAAAGGAGCAGGGCGUGGUCAGGAGAGCCGGGUGGCUGACUUUUAAACCUCUGCUCACGCUGCAUAAAGACCGCAAGCUGGAACUGGUGGCCAGGCGCAAGUGGAAACAGUACUGGGUGACGCUUAAAGGCUGCACUCUCCUGUUUUACGAGACUUAUGGAAAAGGUUCUCCAGAGCAGGAGACUUCACCGAGUUACGCUCUGCUGGCUGAGGAUGGAAUAGUCCAGGCUGUCCCAGAACACCCGAAAAAGGAGAACGUGUUCUGCCUCAGCAAUGCCUAUGGAGAUGUCUACCUCUUUCAGGCCACUAGCCAGACGGAUUUGGAGAACUGGGUUACAGCGAUCCACUCGGCCAGCGCGUCUCUGUUUGCUAAGCGCCAUGGCAAAGAGGACACACUGCCCCUGCUCCGCGGGCAAAUCCGCAGUCUGCUGCAGAAGAUCGACAUGGAUGGAAAAAUGAAGAAGAUGGCUGAGCUCCAGCUGUCUAUUGUAACCGAUCCAAAGAACAGGAAGGCCAUUGAGAACCAGAUCCAGCAGUGGGAUCAGAACCUGGAGCGGUUCAACAUGGACUUGUUUCGGCUGCGCUGUUACCUGUCCAGCCUGCAGGGCGGUGAGCUUCCCAACCCCAAGAGCCUCCUGGCCACCGCCAGUCGCCCCUCUAAAGCUGCUCUUGGGCGCCUGGGAAUCUUCUCCGUCUCCUCGUUCCACGCACUGAUCUGCUCGAGAGAUGAGGCCAUGCUGAGGAAACGUUCUCUGUCUCUGUCCCAGGGGAGCCGCAGUAGGAGAGGAGUGUUCUCUUCGCUCAAAGGGCUGGACAGCUUGAGCAAACGCAGCCGGGAGAGGAGACCCUGCGCCUCACAGGACUGCAUUUCCAUCAGCUCCUGCUCUCAAACUGAGGUUUGUGAGGUGUUUGAAGGCAUUUCUGCAGAGCAGUUCAACGUUCCUGCUCCGUACAGCAGAGAGAGACUGGAUUCCCUGGCCGACAGAUGCUCACUAGCUCCACCCGCUGGCAGUGAGUGGGGCCGCGGCGUGCCUGAGAAGCCGGUGUGCGUGUGCAUGCCUGACUGUCAGGCGGUGACUCUGAGUCUGAGCGGACAGCACACGGUCUCGGAGGUCCUGAGCGCGGCCUGCAAGGUGCAGAACCUGGACCCCAGCAGACACUGCCUGCGUCUGCGCAGAUGCAUCAACGGUCAGACGGAGGUCUGGACUGUGGCACCACACGAGCUGCUUCAGGACCUGUUGUAUGAUGAGUUGGAGGUCAGUGUUCUUAGUGUCUACACUCUUCACAUGACCAAGCCCACAUGCACUGGGGAUUUUGGGUUUGCCGUUACAGGACAUGUGGACGGUCUCAGUCACAGUCGCAUCUUCGUCACCGAGGUUCUCUCAGAUGGAAUCGCCUUCAGUGAAGGUCUGAGGCCAGGUGACGAAAUCCUGGUUCUGAACGGCUGUCGGGUCUCGUCUCUGGAGCUUGCUCUCAUUCAGACACUUUUCAGUGAGAACACGCUGCAACUGACCAUCAGACGAGAGCCGAGCGCCCUUACACACACACCUCUAACGCACACACACAGCAGCCAGCAGCCAUUAAGGGACUGUCUGUAUCGCCAUCAUAGAGCCAAGUCUGCAACAGACGUCUCGUGCGUGUCUGAGAGUUCGGGGAAAGCCGAUGUAGAGGCGAAGCGACAUCAUCGCCAGAGCCUCAGAGCCGUGCAGCUCAGCAAGAGUGUGGAGACGGUGUGCGCACUGUAUCACUCCUUCCAGGACGCCUCUGGAGAACCGAUGGAGGUCCAGAAGGAGACGGCGGGACCGGACUCCGCCCUGCUCAGACCCUGUCCACGACACAUGUCCGUCUCUGAGAGACUGCGCAAAGUCGUCCAGGAGUUAGUGGACACGGAGAAAUCCUACGUCAAGGAUUUGAGCUGCUUGUUUGAGAUCUACCUGAAGCCCCUGCAGAACGAGACCUUCCUCACACAGGAUGAGAUGGAGAGUUUGUUUGGGAGUUUGCCGGAGAUGCUGGACUUUCAGAAGGUGUUUCUGCAAACCCUGGAGGAAAGAAUCGCCUCGACUCCAGACUUCAGCACACUGGAGACCCCCCUACAAUUCAAGAAGCUGCUGUUUUCUCUCGGCGGGUCGUUCCUUUACUACGCCGAUCACUUCAAACUCUACAGCGGCUUCUGCGCCAACCACAUCAAGGUCCAGAAGGUUCUGGAAAGAGCUAAAACGGACCGAGCCUUUAAGGAGUUCAUGGAGGCGAGGAAUCCCACCAAGCAGCACUCGUACACGCUCGAGUCGUAUCUGAUUAAACCGGUGCAGAGAGUGCUCAAGUACCCACUACUGCUGCGAGAGCUGGUGUCUCUGACCGACACGGACAGCGAGGAGCACUAUCACCUCACAGAGGCUUUGAAGGCGAUGGAGAAAGUGGCCAGUCACAUCAAUGAGAUGCAGAAGAUCUACGAGGACUACGGCACCGUGUUUGACCAGCUGGUGGCGGAACAAAGUGGCUCGGAAAAGGAAGUCACAGAGAUUUCCAUGGGAGAGUUUCUCAUGCAUUCGUCAGUGAUGUGGCUCAACCCGCUCCCGUCUCUCGGCCGCAUGAAGAAGGAGCCGGAAUUGACCGUGUUUGUGUUCAAGAAAGCCGUGAUCCUCGUCUACAGAGAGAGCAACAAGCUCAAGAAGAAAAUGAAUGUCCCACGCCCCGCCCACUCUCAUGGAGAUCAGGACCCCUUCAAGUUCCGCUGGCUCGUUCCUCGUUCCACGUUGCAGGUCCGACUGGGCAACACGGCAGAGAGUAACUGCGUCUGGGAGCUGAUCCACACCAAGUCCGAGCUGGAGGGCCGACCUGAGACGGUGUUCCAGCUGUGCAGCAGCACGCCUGAGAGCAAAGUGAACAUGGUCAAGGUGAUUCGCUCUGUCCUGAGAGAAAACGCACGCAAAGGGAUGCGAGGAAACGAGCGGCCAACUGAGAGAACCUGCAGGGAACAUCUCGUCCCUCUGAGGGGAAGCUUACCUUCAUCAGCUAAACUCGGUUCCUCUCGAACAUCCUUGUUAUGCCAGAAGCCCAUCAACUUCAGCGCUCUCGCCAAAAUCGACACACUAAAGCCCAUGCAGUUGGACAUUGAUACAGCAAGUGAGAGCAGUGGAGACCCGCCCCUCGCCCCAUCAUCAGAAGCCCCCCCGCCCGCUGACUCCACCCUCAAACACGGCAGAAUGAGGGAGUCGGACAUCCUCAGUGACGACGACGGGUUCAGUGAGCGCUCGACUCGCCGUGCCCCCACCCCCGGCUCGCUCGAUUCUCAGUUGCAUGAGCUGCGUCUGAGUGACGAGGCACGCGUGGAACCCGAAGGUCGUGAAGUGGACUCUCCGGAGGCCCACCCUCAGCUGAGACGGGCACAUUUCAGCGCCGUGAGGCGGCGGUCAGCGAGAAGCGAGCCGAGACGCAGCCAGGCGGCGCUGCUGACCAUGAGACAGCACAGCCGCUCUCUGGACAGCCCGUCGGAGUCCACGGCGGUCAGCGUCGAUCUGAACACACUGCUGGAGAGUGACUUCAGCGUCCACAGCCUCACCUCCGUCAUUAACGAGGACUGUUUCUAUGAAAACGGUACCAAGACCAGCGCCACAGCUACGACAUCAUAGCCAUAAAUCUGUACACUGUACGACAUCUGGAAAAGGAAACUUGAAUUCACCUUAACCUUCAGGUCGAAUAAUUAACCGGUUAUAUAAAGGUGUACUUAGUGAUUUGAUAGGACAGGAAAGAUAUUUAUUCAUCUCUGAUUUUAGGGCACUUGGAGGAGGGGGUAAAUGCUACUCAAACAUGAGAAUACACUUCAGCGAAAAUCACUUACUGCACCUUUAACAGCCGAAGCAACACGUGACUCGUCUCACUGUACCUCUGCCUACCUUCAGGAACUGCAAUCCACAUGUUGCGUCUGAUUCAUUUUGUGCCUUUUUUUUUUUUAAAGCUGAGCUUUAAGUUUUUCGUUUUUAUUUGUACGAACCAGGCUCUUUAAAAGUGCAAGCUUUUUAUAAUUUAUUGAUAAUUUUAUAUUUCUUUAUAAAACAGGAAGCCAAAGCACAGGUUAAAACUGGACUUAUUUUUUGUUUCUGUAAGUGAAAACAAUUGCACGAGGUGUGUGCCUGUGAGACGUGGGUCGUUAUGUGAUCGGCCUUAUUGAGGUGAGGGACGUACAGAACAGUCAUGAAACAGUCAGCGCUGAGAGUUUGUGUGUGUGUGUUACAGUAGGUAACAAAACCAUCUUUGUUUUUAUAAACAACAAAUAUGUACAGUAUUUUAGCUAAUUUAAUUGGUAUUAACAGUUUAUCAAUUAGGUAUUUUAAGUAUGUAAAAAGUGCUGUAUCUAAUAAAGUGGGCGAUUUGUACAGUUGUGCUGCAAAGAGCUUUUUAAAGGAACGAUGAAUAAAAAUGUCUUUUGGUA